CCCGCUUCGUGACUCUUAAAACAGCCAAUUGCUUCUUCUUUGGUCCUUUCUCCGCCCUUUUUCUCCUCUCCAACGCAUCUGUGUCACCGUCACCCUCCUGUCCACACAUAUUGACGUUUUCAAAUUCUUGCCCACGCCAUGGCGCCGCCCGCGAGCUCAGAAGCGGCUGGCAAUGCGAUAUCAGACAUCGCUUCUGAGUCCGAGUCCGAGUCUGAAUCUGAUGGCUCCUCAACAGUCCGCCAGUACUCUAUGAUAAACUCUUAUCGUCGGCCUUCCUACGUGAAUCCCGGAGCCCGUUCCUCGUCAGUGUUUUCUUCAAGCGUGCCUACACAUUCGCACCUACUGGAGGCCAAGAAGCACAGCUAUUUGUCGAAGAAAGAGCGCGAGGCCAUGCGGGAGGAAGAGCGGAGUUUACUCCGAGAUAACAAUCUGCUACCACCGAAGCAUCCCCGAAGAGGAAGUGAAGGUCUGCUUCCCGGAGGGUUAGCAAGGAAAUGGUCAAUAUCUGUACUGCGAAAAGUUAAGAGUGGCCCGGCGGAUGAGGAGGCAGCGCAUGACGAGCCAUCGGAACGGACGGCGCUCCUAGGAGAGAACCUGGAUCUGCCCUACGGGGGUCUCGAUACGCCGAAAACCAUUCAAAAGAAGUGGAAUGAGGCAGUUGCGGCAGGGAAGAUUACCACGACAUGGCGCCGAGAAGCGAAGGUUUUAGCGCGGUCUUCUGCACCCCUUAUCUUGACUUUCUUACUACAGUACUCGCUUCCGGUCGCGAGUAUUUUUACAGUGGGUCACAUAGGGAAGGUUGAAUUGGGAGCUGUGAGUCUGGCGAGUAUGACGGCUUCAAUUACUGGUUAUGCCGUGUACCAGGGUCUCGCAACCUCGCUCGAUACUCUGUGCGCUCAAGCUUACGGCUCGGGUCGUCCGCAUCUCGUGGGCCUCCAGCUACAGCGCAUGCUCUACUUCCUCUGGCUUAUCACGAUUCCGAUCGCAAUAAUAUGGGCCUGCGGAACACAGCUGUUAUCUCUAAUCGUCCCCGAAAAAGAAACGGCUCGCCUAGCUGGGCUUUAUCUGAAGAUCCUCAUUGCAGGCGCCCCUGGAUAUGCCGCUUUUGAAGGCGGCAAACGCUAUCUACAAGCACAGGGCCUCUUCAGCGCUACCAUGUACAUCCUUCUUAUAUGCGCCCCUCUGAAUGCCCUCAUGAACUAUCUGUUUGUCUGGCGCCUGGGGUGGGGCUUCGUCGGAGCACCUAUCGCGGUCGCUAUCACCGAGAACAUCCUUCCGCUGCUCCUGUUUCUCUACGUUCGCUUUAUCGACGGGUACCAAUGCUGGGGCGGAUUCGAUCGCCGAGCGCUCAGGAACUGGACGCCGAUGAUCAAGCUAGCGCUCCCGGGCCUGGUUAUGGUUCUCGCCGAAUUCCUCGCUUUCGAGAUCCUCACCCUCUCCUCCAGCUGGCUUGGCCCGACUCCACUGGCCGCUCAAAGUGUGCUUGGGUCGAUCACCGGUAUCACGUUCCAAAUUCCCUUCCCUAUGAGCGUGGCCGCCUCGACCCGCAUUGCAAAUCUAAUCGGUGCCACACUUGCAGUUCCAGCGAAGACCGCCGCAAAGGUUGCCAUGGCGUUCGCAGUGGUGGUCGGAAUCUUCAACCUGCUCCUCCUGUCGCUCCUACGCGAGUUCAUCCCUAGGCUGUUCACACCGGAUCCGGAGGUUAUCGACCUGGUGGCGAGAUUGCUCCCACUUUGCGCAGCCUUCCAGCUAUUCGACGCGCUGGCCGCGAACUGUAACGGUAUUCUGCGUGGUCUAGGUAGACAAGAAAUUGGAGGCUAUGUUGGCCUGUUUGCGUACUAUGUCGUUGGACUGCCGAUCAGUUUUGGAACCGGAUUUGGAGCGAAGUGGGGGCUCUAUGGGCUGUGGAGCGGACCGGCGAUUGCGCUUGGUAUUGUAGCUGCGAUCGAAGGUGUAUUCAUCUACAAGACAAGCUGGGAAAAAGCGGUCGAGGCGGCUGAAGCGAGGAACAUUAUGGACGAACGCCGCACAUAGAUCUUCUCGGAAAAAUUGAUACAGCCCAUUAAAACUACCAGGAGAUGGCGAAUUAGACUUGAUGCGUUUGCAUCGAGAUGGGAGUAAGUGAUUUUAAUGAACAUGGUAUAUAAUAGCUUUGCAUUGAGCAAGCGAACUUCUAGGCGUUGGAAUCGAUAC